AUGACCGUAUCGACACUUGGCAUCUUUGUGCACGUCACGCCGACAUUGAUCGCGAAUGCUUUUAAGCAUUAUGUGCGCUUCUUUGUCGAGCUGGGCAGUCGUACGCCUCGAGAGUCGGCGAAUGAGUUUCUGUACGAUCAGCUCUUUCAUAUGAUCAAAAAACUGGUCGUGUACCUGACCAAUAAUACCACAGAAGAUGUGCAAAAACUCACAGACCAAGCUGUGCCUGUGCCGCCCUGGUGCUACAAUGAAAUUGUGAUGAUUCCCAUGGAGUCGCUGGACAAGUCGGCCGAUUUGUUGCACCAGUACUUUGGGCCAGAGAUGAUGCAGUCGUUUAUAGGCGGCUCGCGCUGGUGGCAGAUCCGCAGUCAGCCGGGUGUGCCUGGCGAAUGGAUUUCGCAUUAUUCCGACUAUCAUUCGGCCAUGGCAAAACUCGGACGCAAAGCUAGCUAUUCUACGGGGAUUAUGCAUCGCAUGACACGUAGUACGGGCCGUGUGAAUCCACGCCACGAGCACAAGACGGGCGUCCAUCCUGACACGGUGCGUAAGACCGGUCGGUUUGCCGACACCGAGGAAGAGACCAAUCGAUUGUUCCGUGUCAUGCUGUACCUGCACGGUGGUGCGUACUACUUUGGCUCCGUGAAUACACACAAGUAUGCGAUCCUCAAAGAGGCGACCAAGUUCGGUGGCUUUGCGUUUGCUGUCAACUACCGCAAAGCCCCGCAAUUCCCCUUCCCCUGUGCCCUUCAAGACUGCCUGGCGGCGUACUUGUACCUGAUUGAUCCGCCGCCCGGCUCGCUUCAUCCGGCCAUCAACCCCGAACACAUUAUUGUUGGCGGCGAUAGCGCUGGCGGUGGCUUGACUCUCGCGUUGCUGCAGCUCAUUCGCGAUUUGGGCCUGCCACCGCCAGCCGGCGCUGUGCUCCUCUCGCCAUGGAGUGACAUGUCACAUUCGUUCCCCUCCAUCUUGCAAAACACAGAGAGCGACUACAUCCCCCCGUACAGUUUCAUCCACAAGCCCAGUGUACUCUGGCCGCUUCCGAAAGAUACAGGCCGCUUUGCGAAGCGGUCUUGGCUGCCUUUUCUAGGCGGCCCUUCACGACGUCGUGAUCACGAGCAGGCCCAGGCCCAGAUGCCAGCCCAUGCUCAGCCCAUCUUCCUGACCGAGCCGGGUGGCACCACCAUGCCCAUCAAGUCCCAAAUUCAAUUCUACUGUACGAAUGCCCAAGUCUUCCAUCCACUGUGCUCGCCCGCCCUGGCUGCCAGCUUGGGUGGGCUGCCUCCCCUGUACAUUAUGGUCGGCGAUGGUGAAGUGCUACGAGAUGAGGUUCUCUACGUCGCUCACAAGGCCGCGAACCCGGCCCAGUACCCACUCGGAUCGAACCUCAUGGAUCAUUUCCCCAACACACGCGCGACGUUUGAGCGGUACAAGCACAGCCCCACGACAGUCCACCUGCAAUUGUACGACGAGCAAUGUCACGUGUUCCCCUUGUUCAUGUACACGACGGCGGCGCGUGUCGCGUUCGAAGGGAUGGCGUCGUUCAUCAAGCAUGUCACGGGGGCGCCGACCAACAUGCAAUCGCCCUGGGCGCGCGCUGCAGGCUCAGCGCCGGCGGGAGAAAACAAGUACUCAGGCAAGGUGCCGCUCGAUCGGCCACAGUACCUGGACAACAUGAUCCGCGAGCGUGUAUCGACCACGGGCAAAAUUCGCCCGAUGGAGCCGCCGUCAGAGAUGGCCGCGCUGCGUAUGGCGCCCGACUCGGUGGGCACGAUCAAGCCGAUGACGUACAAGCGCUUCCAAAAGGGCCACACAAUCUGGGACACCAAGUUUGCACACGAAGCUGCCAAGGUCAAGAAACGGCGCGCCAAGUACGAGCGACGUGCAAAGCAGCUGCUGGCACAUGCGCAGGCCGAAGGCCUGCUGGACAACCAGGGCGAUAUUGUCGCGGAGGGCGCGCACUGGUACGAUAUCGGGACGUAUGGUCCUGCGGAUCUGCACAACGAAAUGCCGCCGCCCUCGGCGAUUGUUGGCCGACGUGAUACGCCUGAUGCGAUUGCGCUCUUACGACUGGGCCUGCACUUGCGAGCCAAGCGUCGUCGCGCCCGUGGCAUCCAGACAGCCACACGCAGUGGGCGUAGCCGCCGUGCGUUUGCGGACGACAUGCCUCGCAAGCCGUAUGCGCAGGGCGAGCAUGCACACCUCACGACCGAGCGUCCUAUGGAGCUGAGCCAGUUUGGAUGGUGGAAGAGUACCUUUCCUGGUCCGUGCCGAUGA